AUGUCCAGACUAGUGGAACAGGAAGUUUCACCUUUUGCCUCCUGCAUAUGCGUCGACAGUGGUCUCAGGAGGACGGAGGACGACGCUGCGAGCUGCCGAGGAGCGCACAGCGCCCCGGUGGUCGCCAGCGGACGGUUGUGGCUUGCAGACGGAGGCGGAGGCUUCGCUUCCCCGGCGGUGUUGGAACCAGCGCACCGACGCGAGCAGAGACGCCGAGCCGAGGUAAGAUCCCCGAAUACCAACCAGCAGGAAGGACGGGACGCGGAGUCCAGCUGUGGAGGAAACCAGGCUGGCCGGUCCGAUGAGCCGGGCGGCCUCAAGUCCGCUAAACGGUCUGGUUUUGUGGUGAAAUGUGGCGAUGGCGAAAGCGAGCAGCGGUUCGGCCAGCGGGACGGCUCGGACCAGAACUUCGACUACAUGUUCAAGCUGCUCAUCAGGAACAGCAGCGUGGGCAAGACCUCCUUCCUGUUCCGCUACGCCGACGACUCCUUCAGCAGCUCCUUCGUCAGCACCGUGGGCAUCGACUUCAAAGUGAAGACGGUGUACCGCAACGACAAGAGGGUCAAGCUGUCAGUGUGGGACACAGCGGGUCAGGAGCGGUACCGGACCAUCACCACAGCUUACUACCGGGGAGCCAUGGGCUUCAUCCUGAUGUAUGACAUCACCAAUGAGGACUCCUUCAACGCCGUGCAGGACUGGGCAACCCAGAUUAAGACAUACUCCUGGGACAAUGCCCAGGUGAUCAUGGUGGGGAACAAGUGUGACAUGGACGAGGAGAGGGUGGUUCCUCUGGAGAAAGGAAAACUCCUGGCUGAACAGUUAGGUUUUGAAUACUAUGAGGCGAGCGCCAAGGAGAAUAUCAACGUACGUCAGGUCUUUGAGCGUCUGGUGGACAUCAUCUGUGUCAAGAUGUCGGAGCGUGUGGAUGUGGAAGCGCCUGUUGCACCUGGCUCCAAGACCACCAGACUGACUGACAAGCCCAAUCAGCUUCCUCAGAAAUGCUGCUGAUUGGCUGUCGCCUGUCAUCAUUUUUCUCUGUCCCUCCCCCUCUCUGUCUCCUCCCUCAAUCCAAAUAAGAAAAGAAAAAUAGUUCUAUUAGU